CAUCUGUGAGUAAGUAAAGGUGGUUGAAAAGCAUUUCAAGAGAGUUGUAUUGUAUUCAUAUGUAGUUAAAAUCUAUGACGCCGAUGUGGGUUUUGGUUAUCUAAAAAAUAAAUUCGUAAGGUAAAAUCCGUGGCGCUGGGACGCAACUCAGAGUCUAGUGUAGAUAAACAAAUAAAUAAAUAAGAGACGACAACGAAAGUAUAAAAUAAAAUAGUUGAUCGAUUGAGAAAUGGCGUCAACAAUGGAGAUACUGUGGAAACAAGCAUUGAAAACUUUCGCAGAUCGUAACUCCGUGGGAUACAGACUUUGUCAAAAGAAUUUUGAAUUACUACGGAGUUUAAUGAACAAAGUAACAGCUGCUGACGUAAGAUUGGGUCGUGAUGUUUUGGAAUUUGUUCAAAUGCAGUCAGCGCCCAUGUGCGUUGUUGACAUAUUCGAAAAUCAAGACAUUACCAUCGCGAUAUUUAUACUGAAGCAAGGUGUCACGAUGCCAAUGCAUGAUCACCCAGGAAUGCACGGUUUGCUGAAGGUUAUCGCUGGUGCUGUAAAGAUUGACAGCUUUUCGCUUGAAAUCAAUGGAGAUCAUAUAAUGGAACCGAACACUGGUUAUUCUGCGAUUAAGCAUCCAGGAAUGUUGGUCAAAGACACGGAUGACGCAUGUGUCUUGACACCUAAAGAGAAAAAUCUUCAUCAAAUCUCUUGCAUCGACGGUCCUGCUGCAUUUUUGGACAUCUUGAGCCCACCGUACGAUGGCGAAGAAUAUGGAAAUAGUCGUCCCUGUACAUAUUUCAGAAUAGCUGACAGCAUCAGAUCAACAGAAUCUAGAGAAAAGUUGGAAAAGGUUCAGUUAAUACCCAGCGAAAGUCCGCCAGAUUUUUUUUCUAUAAGUUUAGAAUAUUUGGGGCCUCAACUAAGGUGAUUUCAAUGUUGUGAUAAUUGUUGUAAACUUUUUGAAAUGAAUUAUUUCAUGUCUCAAGUCUAUUGUGACUAAUGCAAGAUUGAAGUAUUGAAGAUAGAACUUACAUCUUUCACACUCUGUUCUCUUACCUAGUUUAUUAGAAAAUCUAUUUUUCUAUAAGGUGAUGAAAAAAAAAAAAAAAAAAAAAAAAUGCACAUGAAUGUAAGUUUUGGAUGUAAGAUUGCUUUGUUGCCUUAAUAUUCAAUAACUGAAUUGACUAACAAUAGUGUUGAAUAUCUCAGUUCAGUUUCACUACUUCUAUCUCUGGAAGCCAGAAGCAGUUUAGACUCAAGCUUUUAUGUGGCUUACCAUACGAUAUUACAAUUUCAAAUAUGGAUAGAAAUUCUUGUUGUCUUCGACUAAAAAUUCAAGUAAAACUGAAGAAUAAUGGCAUCAAUUAGAUUAUAAGAAGCGUCAAAUAUUUGGAAAAACAAUGUAAACUUACUGGCCAGUGUUAAUUUGGAAAUCAAAUCAUAUCUUUCUUCCUAUACACGGACUGAGUGAAUUUGAUUUUCUUCUACCAUAAGUUUUUAAAUAUCACAUAAAAAAAAAAAAUGUAUUGUAUGUGGUGAAUUUAACGUGUAAUGAUACAAUUUGCACAAUAAAAUGUUUCAGUUUAAUCGAUGUGUAGUAUAAAACGAAUGUAUCUAAGUAACAGAUACCGUUUGAUUAUGUAGCCAUUUGAAUUAUAGCA